CUGUAGCCAAGCCCAAAUUUCAAACAUUUUUUUAAUUUUAAUUUUUCAAGGAAUUUACAUAAACUGCUUGGGUUUCCCAUUCUUCCUCCUUCUCAUCAACCAUCCUUCUCACCCACAACCAUCUUACUACAUAUAUCCUCCCAUCAGACGCGCUCCCCCUGAAAACCAGGCUCACGAACUUACGAACGGAGAAAACACAUCAUGGAAAACUACAACAGGCUCGAGAAGGUCGGGGAAGGAACGUAUGGUGUAGUUUACAAGGCCAAGGACCUCCGAACGGGCGAGAUCGUUGCAUUGAAGAAAAUCAGACUCGAGGCUGAAGAUGAAGGCGUACCCAGCACAGCAAUCCGCGAGAUCAGUUUAUUGAAGGAAAUGAAUGAUGAGAAUAUUGUCCGACUUUUGGAUAUCUGCCAUGCCGAAGCGAAACUCUUUCCUGGUUGUUUGAAUUUUCUUGAUCUCGAUCUCCAAACGUUACAUGGGAUAAAAUCCGGAGAUGGAGACGGAUUGGUUCUUGCGAUUGUCAAAAAAUUCUCCUACCAACUAUGUCGAGGGGUCUGCUACUGUCAUGGUCACCGAAUCUUACACCGAGACUUGAAGCCACAAAACUUACUGAUCGACAAAGACGGCAACUUGAAGUUAGCCGAUUUUGGAUUAGCACGAGCCUUUGGGAUCCCUCUUCGCAGUUACACCCACGAAAUCGUUACCUUGUGGUAUCGUGCCCCUGAGGUCCUAUUAGGAAGUAGACAUUAUUCCACUGGUGUUGAUAUGUGGUCGGUGGGAUGUAUCAUAGCCGAGAUGAUUUCCAAACAACCCCUAUUUCCCGGCGACUCGGAAAUCGACGAAAUUUUCCGUAUCUUUCGUCUGUUGAGACUCCUUACGAAACUACCUGGCCUGGGGUACAAACGUUACCCGACUACAAGCCUGGAUUUCCUCAAUGGUCUGCGAAAGAUAUCGGCUCCCAUGUCCAUAAUUCUACCGCGGUCAGCGUGGAUUUGAUAGCUAAAAUGUUGGUAUAUGAUCCGGCAAAACGAGCCUCGGCGAAAUCUUCAUUGAAGCACCCAUACUUUGAUGGGACGGAAACAUAAAGACAUCGUAGAAUAUAUGAUCAGACGUUUUCCUUCCUCGACUCCUAUCUCCUGUUCCCUUUCACAUAUUUAUUUUCCGGAUACACAUACAUGUCCCCUGCCCUUGUUUUUUUUCCCUUUCACCCAAUAUAAAUGACUGUCAUUUUUAGUAAACCUCUUCUCUUUGGAGAGAAGAUUGUGCUAUUUUUGUGUAUAGACAUAAGAAAAAAAAAUCAAAUACAUACUUCAACAUCCCAUUUUUGUUUUUGUUGUGGCUCUAUUUUUGGGGGGAUAGUCAUUGUUUUCCUUCUCUUCUCUUCUCUUCUUCUUUUUUUUCUUUU